AUGGCCAAGAAGACUACGCUCAAGGAGUUCGAGUCCGUCUUCCCCAAACUGGAGGAGGUGCUGCUUGAGCACGCCAAGUCCUACAACCUCCCUGGUCAGGCUCUUGAGUGGUACAAGAAGUCCCUCGAAACCAAUGCGGUCGGCGGCAAGUGCAACCGCGGCAUGUCGGUGCCCGACUCAGCGUCGCUGCUGUUGGGCCGGCCCCUGACCGAGGAGGAGUACUUCAAGGCGGCGACGCUGGGCUGGAUGACGGAGCUAUUGCAGGCCUUCUUCCUGGUGUCCGACGACAUCAUGGACGGCAGCAUCACACGCCGCGGUAAGCCGUGCUGGUACCGUCACGAGGGCGUCGGCAUGAUCGCCAUCAACGACGCCUUUAUGCUAGAGUCGGCCAUCUACACCCUGUUGCGCAAAUACUUCCGCGACCACCCGUGCUACGUCGAUAUGAUCGAGCUCUUCCACGAGGUCACCUUCCAAACUGAGAUUGGCCAGCUGUGCGACCUGCUCACCGCCCCCGAGGACAAGGUCGACCUGGACAACUUCUCUAUGGACAAGUACCGCUUCAUCGUCAUCUACAAGACUGCCUACUACAGCUUCUACCUGCCCGUUGCCCUGGCCCUGUACCUGCUUGACCUGGCCACUCCCGAUAACCUCAAGCAGGCCGAGGCCAUCCUGAUCCCGUUGGGCGAGUAUUUUCAGAUCCAGGACGACUACCUCGACAACUUCGGCGACCCGGAGGUCAUCGGGAAGAUCGGCACCGACAUUCAGGACAACAAGUGCUCGUGGCUGGUUAACCAGGCACUGGCGAUUGUGACGCCCGAGCAGCGUCGUAUUCUCGAGGAGAACUACGGCCGCAAGGACAAGCAGAAGGAAGCCGCCGUCAAGAAGCUGUACGACGAGCUGCAGCUCGAGCAACGCUACAAGGACUACGAGGAGAAGGUGGUCGGCGAGAUUCGCUCCCUCAUCGACAAUAUCGACGAGAGCCAGGGCCUCAAAAAGGGCGUCUUUGAGGCUUUCCUGGCCAAGAUCUACAAGCGCAGCAAGUAA